UUUUGAAUAUUUUCUGCAUUUUUCAGUAAGAGAGAGAGAGAGAGAGAGAGAGGAUGGGGGUGAAAAAUCUGUGGGAUAUCUUGGAAUCCUGCAAGAAGACUCUUCCUCUCCACCACCUUCAGAACAAGAGAUUCUGCAUAGAUCUAUCGUGUUGGAUAAUCCAACUCCAGAAUGCAAGCAAAACUCCAGCUUUCUUAAAGGAAAAAGUGUAUCUCAGUGGCCUCUUUCACAGGCUUAGAGCCCUCAUUUCUUUGAAUUGUAGCCUUAUACUUGUUACUGAUGGGUCAAUUCCUGCCAUCAAAUUGUCUACUUACAGACGACGUUUGGGAUCAGGCAAUGAGGUCACUCGAGAUGAGUCAAACUUGCACGGGUUAUCUUCACUUCCAAGAAACAAGAGCUCUGUGUUUUCAACUAUGAUAAAGGAGGCAAAAGCCCUGGGCAUGGCACUUGGAAUCCCCUGCUUAAAUGGGCUCGAGGAAGCUGAGGCACAGUGUGCAUUGUUGAACUCCGAGUCCUUAUGUGAUGGAUGUUUCACUGCAGAUUCAGAUGUUUUCCUCUUUGGUGCUAGGACCGUAUACAGAGAUCUUUACCUAGGGGAGAGCGGCUAUGUUGUUUGCUAUGAAAUGGUAGACAUUGAAAAGAAACUUGGGUUUGGAAGGAACUCUUUGAUAUCUCUGGCCCUUUUUCUUGGUAGUGACUAUUCUCAAGGAGUUCAUGGGAUUGGUCAGGAGACGGCAUGCCAGAUUGUUAAAUCAAUAGGGGACGAUCUUGUCCUGCAGCAGAUUGCAUCUGAGGGAUUAGCAUUCGCAAAGAAGACAAGGGGGUCAAAGAAACAAGGGCAAAUUCUCAAUUGCAAUACAGGCAAAGAGAAUUGUGUAGAUAAGCAGAAUGUUAAUGACAGCGAUCAAAAUGCAGCAUUAGACCAUCAGUUCUUGCAAGUGAUUGAUGCAUAUUUGAAGCCAAAAUGUCACUCUCUGGACUCAACAGAUGUGCAAAGUGUGUUCAUUCCGCAUCCAUUUCAACGAAGCCAACUUCAAAUGAUAUGUGCUCAUUUCUUUGGUUGGACUCCUGAGAAAACAGAUGAGUACAUCCUUCCCAAGAUUGCUGAGAGAGAUCUUAGACGAUUUGCUAACCUACGUAACACUUCACAAGAACUCGGAGUACGGAUUCCAUUUUGCAAGAUACCAGCUACAUGUCCUGUGUCUGCUAUUGUAAAACAAAGAACAGUGCAGGGAAGAGAAUGUUUCGAGGUUGCUUGGGAAGAAGUGGAUGGGCUCAAAACGUCUAUAGUGCCUGCUGAUCUGGUGGAAAGUGCAUGCCCAGAGAAGAUUGCUGAGUUCAUGGAGAGAAGAGCUGAAGCAAAACAACAGAAGAAGAGAAAACCAAAGCCAAAGAAGCUUGCUCAGCAGCCCCAGAUCCCCUCACUCAGCAUCGAAUCAGAUGCUCAGGGUGCUGCCAUGCAUCAUCAACCUAUCGGUGCCAGCAGUGUUAAAACCAUGGAGAAAAGAACUGAAGCAAAGCAACAAAAGAGAAAACAAAAGUCAAAUAAAUCUGCUCAGCAGCCCCACGGCCCCUUUCCCGGCAUAGAGUUGGACACGCAGGAUGCUGCCAUUUGUCACCGUCCUACUGGUGCUAGCAGUGCUGAAACCAACGUCAUCGAUAUCUCGUCACCCUUGCCUCCCAUCCGUGCUUGCAAGACUGCUAAGUGUCAAGAAACAAGGCCCAUUGAACUUGAUCAGCAGCUCCAACGCCUCUUACUCGACAUAGAAUCACAAACUGAUGACAUGCCUGACGCUGCCACAUAUCUCGGCUUAAUUGGUCCAAGCAUUGCUGAACCCGAGGUUGUCGAUCUCUCGACACCCUUGCUGCCUAGCCGUGCUUGUAAAGCGACUGAGUCUCGAGAAACAGUUGAUCGGCAGAUGGAUGUAAUUGAUUUGAGUGAGUCGGAAAAUGAUACUUCACCAGAACAUGUGAGGAAGGCAAGAGAAUUAAGAUUGUUUAUACACAGUAUUAAAGAUGAUCUCUAUUGAAUUACAAUGAAAAAGAGAUGAUCUCUAUGUGCAAAGGGAGUAUCACCGCCCAAUCAUCGCUAGGAAAAAUAAAUAAAUAAAUCAUUCAUUGGCGAUUUUA